GUGAGAGGCUGCCUCCUCACCAUGUGGCGCGAGCGAGACUGCUUCAGCCUCAGCGAGCUCCGGCACGCCCUGAUGGGCUCGGCGGGCCUGGGCCCCACCGGCAACGGCCGGAUACCGGACGGCCUCGCGCGGGACCAGCCGGACCCGGACGCCAUCAAGAUGUUCGUGGGCCAGAUGCCGCGACACAUGGACGAGAACGACAUCCGCGCCAUGUUCGAGGAGUUCGGCCCUGUCCACCAGAUUAACGUUCUGCGAGACAAGGUUACCGGACAGAGCAAAGAGCCCGGCCCCGGACAUCACAAGGGCUGA